AUGUUACAAAAAGGUUUUAGAAUCCAACCAAACUGGGAUAAGGCGUUAAGUGAAAAUGAAAAAUACAUAUGGUUUUAUCAGUAUGACAUUGUUUCUACCAAGUAUCACAAACUGGAGAACAGAGGGUUGUCGCUGGUACCGGAUAACCAAAAUGUUUCUUGCGAUUUGGUUUCACCUAAGCUAUUAAAACUAUCAUCAGAAAACCCAGUCAUCAACAAAUUUUUUCAGUGUCCAGAUUCCUCCUUUGACAUUUCGGGCGGUAUUUCUAGAAAUCCUCGUCCUCAUGUAUCUUCUUUUGAUGUUAGUGCAAGUGGUGAACAUUUUAUUGCUUCUUUCACUGGGUCAUCUGUAAAAUUGUAUGACGCUCAAACGGGGCAUAUUCGGCGUUCUCUUGAAGGUCAUGUUGGAGAUGUAUAUACCUGCAAAUUUUUUCCAUCUGGGCUAGUUGCACUCACAGCAGGCAGUGAUAUGCAGUUAAAAAUUUGGUGUCUCAUUACUGGUCGUUGUGCAGCUACUCUUGGUUUAAAUGGUACUGAUUCUAAUAAUAAAAAUGAGCCAGGAGGUCAUAGGACUGGUAUCCUGGACACCGCUAUCAUAGAUCGUGGUCGUAAUGUUGCUUCUAUAGAUCGACUAGGUUGGCUAAGGCUAUGGGAUGUGGCGACACAAACUUGUAUAUCAGCAAUCCCAGUGACUAUUAGUGCUGUUAAACCAUAUACCAUUUCCUCAACAGUCCCAGAAGAAAUAACAUGUUUAGCAAUUCGAAAACAUUCUGGUUUACCGAUUCAAACAGCUAAUCCCAUCACUUCAGAUUCCUGGUAUAAAGUUCAAGAGACAUCUUCGACAACUGCUCAAGAAGUUGCUACAUCCGAUGCCUUGAUUGCUGUUGGCACUGGUACUAAUGCAUCAGUUCGUUUAUAUGAGCUGGCUGCUCGUCAGAAAGGUUGUGUUAUUCAGUGCACGUUACCGAGCGGCAGUGGAUCGGUCGGGGCAUGUGCUUUUCCUGAAGAGAUACCGAUACCAUUUUCAAAAGAGAUUCAAUUCAUCGAUGUACCUAGAAGUUGUGUUUCAAGCUUUAUGGACUAUGGAAUUUUUGCCGGUAGUCAACAAGGAGAUCUUGCUUCAUGGGAUAUUCGUCAAACAAAACAACCGUUAUGGCAGUUGACUCAUGAAAAAGGUGCUGUUCAACAAAUACGUGUGUGUAGGCGAGCUAAUUGUCAAUAUCUGUUGCUUGUUGUUAGCCGAAGUGACGGACGGACUCUUGUUUAUCCAUAUGAUCCAGCAACAGCACAUAGUGAUGCGCAAAUCCCUAUUAGUCUGGAGCUUACUGGAGUGAAUUGUGAAUCUAUAUGUGGUCUCUCAAUGGUUUAUAAAUCAUCAGGAGGAAUCGGUGUUUGGAGUGCAACUCGCAGUGGAAUCGUUAAUCAAUAUACUAAACUUUCAGAUGAAAUAACGUUUAGAAACUUAUAA